AUGCUGAAUACUCUCAGUCUGCUCCGUGCGCUGUUGUCGCACACAAACUUGGCUUUUAGUGGGGACUCGACCUGGUUGAAAGUGUCCAAUCGGGUUGUGAGGACCCCAGCAGAGCCGGCGCCGUACCAACAGCCGUGCAGUUGCGAUGCUGCCGACGUGGCAACCAGCCGAGGCGUCAAGACGGGGAACCCAGGGCAUCCGGAGAGGAGGGGACAAGAGCUGAGUGUGUACGAGCACACGGAGCUGCGUCUUCAACGCGCAACCCUGCUUCACCAAGUGGGGAGGGAGCUUCACCGAAUUCGGGAGCUGUCCCGUCGGGAUCCAAACGACGUUCGGACAGCACCGGGGGAGCUGCGACAGGUGCUCUCAACUAUCGAGCAGCUGUUCGAGGACCUGCGGUUUGUUUGGUCACUCCUUUAUCCGGACGAGUAG